AUGUAGGGUCGUAAAUAAAGAGCAGAUUCAUUAGUGAAUUAGAAAGGAUGGCAUUGUUGUUAAUUUGCAGCUUAUGUUAUCUAUGGUGAUAAAUCUCAGAAUCAUGGAGGUGCUGCAGGUUGGCAUAAGUAAGGUCAAGUUGUUAAUGAUGUUAAUUCUGCUGAUGUGAUUACCAAUGGAUCUCAUGUUGGAGUUAUAAUUAGAGUUGGAUAAGAAGUUUAUGUUUACCAUGCUCCUGGAGCUAAUAGCUAGAAUCCUAUAAAAGCUUAUACAUAUGCUAAUUUUGUUAAUUAUGUAAUGAAGAAUGGAACAUUAAGAAGAUUAUGA